AUGGCGGAAAAUGUUGACUUACAACUGUGUAAAAUUGAAAAUGACUCUAACACAAGAAGUUUGAAUUUACAUCAUCACAUUUCAAGGUCCAAAACAAACAGCCGAGAAGAAAACUGUCCUUUACUGGACAGUGAUGACACUGGGGAUAUCCUCCAGAUAAACAGUGAUCAAGUCAGUAUUGACGGAAAACAAUUCGAUGAUCUCCCUUCUGGUAAACUUUACCAUUUAUUUAUCGCUCAUUCUGCCGUUGAUGGUGACCAAGCUUUAAAAAUAUGUCAAGAACUUGAAAACAGAUUUCUUUUGAAGUGCAUGUAUUAUGAUCGUGAUUUUACGAUUGCCAAAAAAAUUGAUGAGAAUAUCCAACACGAGAUGGAAAAAAGUGUCAAAGUGUUAUUGGUCCUUAGUCCAGACUUUCUGUGUAGUCAUUGGUGUGACAUGGAGGCAAGGUUAGCUGUUCAAAUGUCAUUUGAUCGGAAGUUCAGUUUGAGAAUAAUUCCCUUGAUAUUACAUGGCUUAGAUACCGAUAAUGAUUUGCCGCCAUUUUUGAAGCCGUAUGUGUGUAUUGAUGCUCGAAAAGAAAGCGAUGUAUCUGCUAAAAUCCAUGAAGCAUACUAUCAUUCAGGAGUUGUAGAUGCUGCACAUCAGACAGAAUUAGAAUCUAGAUUUGUUGAAGAUAAUAGAAAUCAGAACGGGGCUCCACUGAUAGAGUUAGAAGGGAAACUGAAGAACUCUGCGUGCUUUAACGCAUCACAUUUUGAAUUUCCAGCGUUAAUGGAACCGGACUACCGUGCUUUAAAUUCAGUGCAGGUUCAGAAGCAGAUGGAACAUAUCCUUGACUUUGCAAAUGCAUUCUGUUUACUGAGGAAUUACAGAAUACUUAAAAAUGGCAUGUUCCAAUACGGAGUAACUGUGCUUAUAAGUCUUUCGGUGACAUUCUUAUACAUUUCUAUCGGUCUUUUAGAUACUCUCUUGAACAGAAAUGUAACCGACAUGUGGAAUGUACAUGUUACACCUGGGAUAUUUUUAGGAAUUUUUACCUAUCCAUUGACCUUGUUUUUAGUGCGGAAAUUCCGGAAGCAGCUGAUAACAGUACUUCGAAAGAAUAUUUGGGACAAAAGCAUAGAACACUUUGACAGCACUAAGUGUUUGGUGUUACUGGAUGUUACCGACUUAGGAACACAAAAGAUAAAGGCGAUACGAUAUGAUAUAAAAGCAUGCCAGGAGUACACAAGUAUCCUGUUAUCAAAGAGACAUCGAACAAAUAAAGAUUGUACUGCUCUUUUUAUGGAAGAGGCAAAGAACAUGAUUCUUAAAAAGCUUCAUGAAUGGAAUGAACGGGGACGAUUAGUGAACUGGCUCUCUUUAGAGAGCGAAGCGUACAACAGACACAACACUUGGUUGAGAAAAGCAUGUGUUUGUCAAGUAUUAGAAAGAGACGUCAUAUUGCGUAAAAAUAAUGUAAUAGAAGUUUAAA